AUGGCCGCAAUGGACAGAUUCUCCUCGGAGCUACAGACGCUUUUUCAAGAGAGGAUGCCGGUGACAUCGUCCGCAACGCCUCUCAGAGCCGAACAGAGAGGCCAAGAGCGCGAGAGGUUCGACCCCUACGGCGAAAGCAGCAGCCUCGGCGUCUCUGGCCGCACCCAAGCAUCAAGUUAUGGCCAGCAUUCACAGCCGCCGACAAACAGCUGGGGGCAAUCCCAGCCAACAUGGGUAAAUCUCGGACCGACCUACUCGGCAGAGACGGCGUACGGCCCACUCCAUGCUUUGGCCGUGUCACUAGGGCAAAGUAGCCCCGCACAGUCCACGGUCCAGCAACUCGGCCCAGUCCACACUGUGGCCAUCCAGACCCAUCCAGGCCCAAGCAACUAG